AUGGCAAGUAAUGAGGAUAGCGAUUGGAUUUAUUUUAACCCUCCUUUAUGGCUACAAAGACGAAUUUUCAUUAAUCUCGUGUUACAAGAGAGUAAGGUUACUUCGGUAGUUGACUUUGGUUGCGGAGAGGGUUCACUCCUUUCUUUUCUUGUUCAACCUUGGGAAAAAUCACCACCAAUUACGCGUCUUGCCGGUGUAGAUAUCUGCUAUGAAACAUUGAAAUAUACA